AUGGAUACGCUAGAUGAAUUCAAACCUUACAUUGCCGGCCGCUAUGAUACAACCGCGGACCUAUUCGCUAUGGCCGGCGCUCGAAAGGUCUUUGGCCCAAAGACCACCUCCCUCUGUAUCGCCAUUUGUCAGGCCAGAUCUAUCGGGCUGACAUCCUCAGAUGCAGCUAUGGCCCCGCCUUCGAUGCGCUAUGAUGCUGAUCCCGGUGCUGGGGCGUACUCUGCCACUGAUGCCUGGGCCGCAGGCCCAGAAUCCCCUACUUCACCCUCUUGUUCUAUUCCAUCUUCUCCGCCGACUAGCGACUCUGAAGAGGAUUUAUCAGAUGCGCCAUCUCUACCUUUGGCUAAGGCCCGCACUUUGAAAAGUGCUUCCUUGGAUAGCUCAAAUUCUACGGCGUACACAAACGUCCUUACUGCCUCGUUAGGCUCCAGACCCGCAGCAUGGGAUGAUGAAAUAGCUCGAUUCAUUAUGACCCAUUUGCCUAGUCAUUCUAUAGAAUUGACCGGAACUAACUCUCCUCGUUCGGCGUUCGCAAAGGGAGACGUUGAUAAACUAUUCUUCCCACUCCCUGAUAACGGGUACGGUGUCUUUGACCUAUACCCAGCCGUUACCGCAGACCUACCCACUGUAAUUUCAGAGUACCGCAAAUACUACACUACGGGUACCGCACCUGGUAUUACCUGUGAUGCAGAUAAUUUGAGAAUAGCCUUCGCUAUGAUGGGAGCAGAGCCUGGUUCCGUCUUUGGUCGUCUAUGUGGCACCCCAUAUGUAACAAAAGGCAUAGUUGAGAAGGCUCACUCAACUCUUUGGCCUCGUCGGACUCGCGAAUCCAUGAACGGCCAUCCAAAGCUUUUACCACUCGCCGCAAAAUUGAAACUAUUCGCUGACGCCUGUUCGAUCUCUAUUACGGAAGCCGUUAUCAAGAACUUAGAACCUCUAACCGGAUGUUUCAACCUAUGGUGCUGCCCCGGCGUUGGUCGUGAUUGCUGUCAAGCGCAUACCGACCUCUCAGUGUGCAUGGUGUAUGCCGAUACCGCUUAUCCUACCGAUCACGGUCCCGGCUGGCAAUCUGCUGUCAUCUCACAAGCUUGUAGUGUGUCCAUGCUCCGCGGAUUAGCGACUACGCAAUGUGCGGACUCAUUAUUGGGGAACGCAAUAGCCGGUGCCGCCGUCGCGCGUGAUCCGUUCUGUUCUUAUCGCCAAUCAACAUCUGAAACCUUCAAGUCUCUCACAUCUCGCCAUGCCUCUGCGCCGGUGGGUGAAGCGCCUGCUUUAACUGCAGACGAAUGGACCGGAUACCAUAUAGCCCGGUAUAUAGACUCAGGUCUAACCAGCCUCACUGCACAUGGUACUCGUCUCGCCUAUGAGCACCUUCCCGGUAGAUUCACAGAUUCCAAUUGCCGGUCCACUCGCAUCGGAACACUCUUCCACGAUCUCUGGGAUGUGCCUUUUGAUUGCGUUGGUACAGGGUCGCCAAACUCCGCGAUAGCUUUCGUGGUAUCCGGAGCCUUGCCGAGUUAUACAGCACUCUAUAGAAGGCUAAUGGGUGACAUGCUAUCCUGCGCAGAACUGUGUCUCGAAACCGGCCACUAUCGGCCUUUAAUUCAUGCAAUUGGCACGAUGUUAUUUUCCGAAGCCACCGUUCGCUAUGCAAAUCUAUUGCAAGAUAGCAGCACUUGGCGACCUAUACCGCACCCUCGAGUAUUCGUAAUCAGCCCUGAAAACGCCUACUGGGACCUGGCAGUCGGCACCGGACGUGCUCUGGAUAUGACAUCCACACUUACCAAGGUCCUCGACCGUUUCGGGAUGACCUGGCCUGAGGGAGCAGAUUACCUCAACACCGCUCCGCGCGAGAGGUCCUCUGUGGCCAUGCGGGCUUUUUACGCUGCCUGGAAGUCUACAACAUCUGCUUGUAAAGACGAGGAUCUGUUAGAGCCAAUGCGCCAUCUUCUCGCGUAUCUCGUUCAUUGGCGCGACCUACCUUUGGGUAUGUAUGCUCAGUAUUUGGACGGUCUUUUUGGUUUAGUGGGUAAGGAAGAAGAUGUGGUUAUGAAUAUUGCAGGGUAG